AUGAUGAAAGUAUGUUAUUCAAAAGAUUUGUUCUGUCGGUACUUAUUUGAAUUUUUAAAGCUCGAAGUGAAACCGUGCCUACAAAAAGUCAUGUCGUUCAAUGGAAAGUGUUCAAGCGGGACAAAUGUGCAUGUUACAAACGAGAGUUGCCAACAAACUGAGGAAAUGUCCAUCAUAAAUCGGCACAACAUGAACAAGUCAACAGAUCCCGUGGUUCAAAAGUCAUAUUUUAAUAAUCAUUGGCACCAUCAUGAGAUACUCAGAAAAAGUCUGCACUGCUGUAUGAAUGAAAAAUUUGCACAUUUGGAAGUGGCAGUUGCUGGAUUCAUUUGGAAGCAAAUGCUGAACACGAGUUGA